CUUCCAACAUGGGGCUCACACUUCCCGACUUGGUGACGCAUGACAAUGGUGGGGUUCUUGACCGCGGCGACUCGCUCGGCUCCGCUGCUGCGCGGGCGACUGUUCUCGACGAUCAAGCCACAGGUGGCGGCCUACGACCUGGUGGUGAUCGGCAGCGGCCCGUCCGCCACGCAGUGCGCGCUCGAGUCCGCCAAACAGGGCAAACGCGUGGCCAUCGUGGACAAGAAGACGCGCCUGGGCGGCGUGUGCGUCCACACGGGCACGAUCCCGUCCAAGACGUUCCGCGAGGCUGUUCUACAUCUGUCAGGCUAUCGCCACCACGGUUUCUAUGGCAAAUCGUACAGUAUGAAGACCGUGACGAUCGAGGACAUUCUGUAUCGUGUGCAGCGCGUCGUGAGCUCCGAGGAGGACGUGGUGCGUGCCCAGCUCAAGGCUGCGAGAGUGGACGUCGUGCCAGGCUUUGCGCGCUUCGAGAACGAGCACGAAAUCUCCAUCGUCCGAGACGACAACGACCAGAAGAAGAAGAACGGCGCAGUCUCAGGCAGCAGCAGCAAUCUGGACUCGCUCUCUCGCAUCAGAGCCGACAAGUUCCUCAUCGCAUGCGGCACGAGACCCGCGCACAACCCGCUCAUCCCCAUCGACGGUAAGGUCGUCAUUGACAGCGACCAGAUCCUCAGUCGCGACAUGCACCAACUGCCUCGCUCGCUCAUCGUCUUGGGCGCCGGCGUCAUUGGCAUGGAAUACGCGUCCAUGGUGAACGUCGUGCCUGGCCACACAGUCACAGUGGUGGAUGGACGACCAGAUAUUCUGUCCUUCUGCGACAGCGAGAUCAUCAGCAACCUCACGUACGAGAUGCAGAGCAAUGGAGCGCGUUUCCUACUGGGCGAGACCGUCAAGAAAGUAGAGACGACGGACAAGCGAGUUAAGGUGUUUUUUAACAGCGGUAAGGUGCUCAGUGCCGACGCGCUGUUGUACACCGUGGGUCGACAGGCAGCCACAGACGGACUGAACCUGGAAGCGGUGGGGCUCUCUCGUAAUCAUCGCGGCCUGAUCAACGUGAACAAGAACUACCAGACUGACCAGCCUCACAUUUACGCUGCUGGUGACUGCAUUGGAGCUCCAGCACUGGCCUCCACGAGCAUGGAACAAGGCCGUCUGGCGUCGUGCCACAUGUGGAAUCCGGACGAAGAACUCGCCGCUACGAGCCAACUAGAGAACGGCAACUACCCGUACGGCAUCUACACAAUCCCAGAGAUCUCGAUGGUGGGGCAGACGGAGCAGCAACUCACGAAGGAUUGCGUCAACUACGAGAUUGGAAUCGCCAAGUACUCGGAGCUGGCUAAAGGCCAGAUGAUGGGGGCCAUGGCUGGCGGCACGUUGAAGAUUCUGUUCGAUCCUGACACACUCAAGGUGUUUGGUGUGCACGCCAUCGGAGAGGGAGCGACGGAGAUUAUUCACAUUGGACAAGUGGCGAUGGCCAUGGACUGCUCUCUCACGUACUUCCGCGAUGCUGUCUUUAACUAUCCGACGCUGGCCGAAGCUUACCGUGUCGCUGCGUUGAACGGACUGGGUCGUCUCAGUCGUAACACUUACGAUCACUAAAGCAAGUGGUGGACACAUGACAAGUUAGCUGUCUACCUCAUGGAUAGACUGUGCAAUCGAAAUAUAGGGGAGUGUUUUCCCAUGGAAAUCGGAGUUCCAACAGCGUAAAGCGGGGGAAAGGUGACGUUAACUCGAUAUACUAACUUUUACCCGCAUUGUAGCAACACGGACAUUGGGAUAUCUCUAGAGUUCGCCGAGUCGAGUAGUUGAUACUCCCCA